AUGAAGACGUUCGCGGCGACGGCGACGGAGUUCCGAAGGUACCACUCGAACUCGUUCAACGUCGCGCUGCACCUGGUGACGACGCCGGUGGCGAUGGCGAGCGCGAUGGCGAUGCUGGAGACGCGAUGGGGCGCGGCGAGCGCGCGAGGCGCGUUUUGGGCGUACGCGGCGGCGACGAUGGCGACGAACGCGGGCGAGGGAGUGAAAGUGGCGACGACGGUGGCGUGGGCGAUGAUCGCGCGCGCGGCGGGGGCGAUGUGCGCGAGCGGGAUGACGAUGUGGGGGAUGAUGGGGGUGUUCGCGGCGGCGUACGCGGGGCAGGAGGCGGCGCACGCGGCGACGGGGGAGAAGACGUAUCAGGCGUCGUACAUGAAGUUUACGAAUUGGCCGGCGCUGCUCGUCGAACACACGUUUUAUUUGCUGCCGCUGUGCCUGGACGCGGUGAUGCACAUGGACGAGAGCUUCUUGUCGUGGAUCGUGGCGCAUAAUUACGUGGUGCGGGGAAAGCUGACGAGUGCGGAGGAUCGGGCGGCGAUGAAAACCAUCGAACGCUUCGUCACCGAGGAGGACCCGGAUCGCAGUUGCACCGCGCACUGGUGGCACACGCGAUUGGCUCCGAAGGAGAAAGACGCGUUCACGCACAUCGCGCACUCGGCGCCGGUGGAGAAGAUGUUUGCCGAGCGCUUCCGCCCGGACGCGUGGGUCGUCAAACCCGUGUACGGGAUGAAUGAGAUUUACGUCGCCUCGUCCCAUCACAACAAUAAUUCCGACACGGUAUUUUACAUGGAACACAUCGAUGGCCCGUGGGCGGUGUAUCCGUUCUGCUUCUUGUACCGCUGCAUGCUCGCGGUGAAUGAAAACGUCAAGGUUGAAACUAUUUUCACCCAAGAAGGAAGCGGCGGGUGCUUAUCCGACGGCGACGUCGUCGGCUUUGAUUUCCAUCGCGAGAUCCACGUCAUCGCUGAUCGACCGGUGGCGAAUCCCGAUCGACGCAUUACCAUGAAGUUACAUUACUGCGUCUAUCCCAAGUGCUUUGGACCGUUCGGCGAGGCGCUGUUACACUUGUCCGUGAUGUACAACACCGUCGCGCGCAAGCUGUUUUUGAACACCAUCAAGCCGACUGGUUUCUGGAGAUUUAUGGCGUUCAUGGUCCUCGCCGUCACUAAUGGUGCAUUUCUCGUAUCCAAAUACGCUGGCAUCAAUAACAUCGCAAGCGUUGCUGCGAUUUACGCCGCGGGCAAGUACAUUCACCCGUAUUUUUUCUUCGCCGUCACGUCGUACACGCACUAUUGCAUGUACAUCGCCACCUAUCACGUGCGCGAGGGAAUCAACUUUGGGAUGUUCAAGCGCAACGUGAUGUUUUGGAAAUCGCUGGCUUUGACCCAUCUCGGGCUGACGUACCUGAAGCAUUUCGAGUUUGACAUCGUCUCCAUCGCGAUGAUCGUGUGUGGAUACGGUCUGAGCACCGCCGCCACGGUGGCGCUGGGCAUCGACCAGACGUACUUUGGCGUCGAACUCGGAAAAGUCAAACCCAACUUCGUGCACGGGUUCCCUUACAACGUGGUGCCGCAUCCGAUGAUCAUUGGCAGUAUGGUCGGACUUCUGGGUUUCCACAAAAUGGCGGGUUUCCGCGCCGCGCUGCCGUACGCCAUUCCAGUGCACUGCGCGAUGUAUUUCGUGCACAUGUGCCAGGAACAGUUCAACGACAUUUACGCCGCCAACUGGGGAAGUUCGGCGGACGUCAAGGCGAAAGUUGCGGCGCGUGCGCGAACUCCCGCGCGAAAGAUAUCUAACAAGUCGGCGACAUCGCGAACGCCGAAAAAGAGCCCGUCUCGAACGCCGAAAAAGACCCCGUCUCGUACGCCGAAAAAGACCCCGUCUCGAACGCCAAGCAGGUCGUCGCGUCGGGUCUCCGUCGCUGCUUAAAUUGUAC